GCUGCGGAGCACCUGCAGGGACAGCUCCCUGUGCAGGUGGCAGCAGGUGCUCCGGAGCCCAGCCCCAGCAUGAGCUCCUUCGACCUCCCGGUGCCCUCGCCCCCGCACUGCAGCCCCCAGUUCCCCAGCAUCGGCCAGGAGCCCCCCGAAGUCAACCUGUACUACGAGAACUUCUUCCACCCGCAGGGCCUGCCCAGCCCACAGCGGCCUCCCUCCUUCGAGGCGGGUGGCGAGUACGGGGCCACCCCCAACCCCUACCUCUGGCUCAACGGGCAGGCCAUGACCCCGCAGCCCUACCUGCCGGGCCCCAACGCCAGCCCCUUCCUGCCCCAGGCCUACGGGGUGCAGCGGCAGCUGCUGCCCGGCGUGUCCGGCAUGGGGGGCGGCGACCUGGGCUGGCUGCCCAUCCCGUCGCAGGAGGAGCUGAUGAAGCUGGUGCGGCCGCCCUACUCCUACUCGGCCCUCAUCGCCAUGGCCAUCCACGGGGCGCCCGACAAGCGCCUCACCCUCAGCCAGAUCUACCAGUACGUGGCCGACCACUUCCCCUUCUACAACAAGAGCAAGGCCGGCUGGCAGAACUCCAUCCGCCACAACCUGUCGCUCAACGACUGCUUCAAGAAGGUGCCCCGCGACGAGGACGACCCAGGCAAAGGGAACUACUGGACCCUGGACCCCAACUGUGAGAAGAUGUUCGACAACGGAAACUUCCGCAGGAAGAGGAAGAGGAAGUCGGACGUCUCGUCGGGCCCCGGGGAGAAGGCGGAGAGCGGGCUCCUGGCGGGCAGCCCCAAGAGCGCAGACGCCCAGGACAUCUUGGAAGGCACCUCCCCGGGCUCCGCCGGCUCCCCCGAGCAGCGACCAUCCCCAGGGCCCCCGGGCACCCCAUGCCUCAACGGCUUCCUCUCCUCCAUGACGUCCUACGUGAGCGGGGCCAGCCCCGCCAGCCGCCCUGUGGCCACGCCGGGACUGAGUCCCGAGCCCACUGACAAGAUGGGGCAGAACUUGGGGAACUUCAACUCCUACACCCCACUCACCAGCCUCGGCGGCCACGGGGCCGGGGGCGAAUGGGCCAACCCCAUGCCCACCAAUGCUCUGGGCUACGGAGGCUCUGUUCUCAACCAGUUCAGCCCCCACUUCUACAACAGCAUCAACACGAACAGCGUCCUCUACCCCCGGGAGGGCACCGAGGUCUAGGACUGCGCAGUCCCUGAGCCACGUGGACGUGCCCCAGGUCCCCCGGCUGCCCAGACAGACCAGGAGGCUCAGAGCACUUCCUCCUGUUUCCGGAACCCGGUGUCAACCUUCCGUGUCACCCACACCUGGACACACACCCACAACUUGGCACUGGAAAUGCUGGUGCCUGAAUGACAGUCACCAAGGCGGCCCUUUGUUGAGCACUUACUAUGUGCCUGGAGCCGUACUGGGCUCGGAAGGCCUAGCCACACUUACUCUCUAGCUACCUUGUGGGGGUCCUAUGAAGGUCCUCAUUUUACAGAUGAGAAAACUGGGUCAUACAAACUGGUGAGUGGCCAAUGGAGGGAGGGGUGGAGGGAUUGACUGAGCAGCGUCCGUGUGAAAGCUGGUUGUGACAAGCACACCCACUGCCUCUGGCCGUCCAUCAGAACUUAGCACCAGCCCCGGGCACACACCAUCCUGGUCAAGUCGUGCUAUGGCCCCAGCUUCCCUGCAGCACUCCUUCCGCCGCCACUGGAGGCGAGAAGCCCAGGCCAUGCCCCCGCAGAGGGGCACCAUUUUCCCAGACCCGGAGACCUCCCGCAGGGCAGGGACAGGAGUGGUGCACCCCCAGCCCCCCACCCGGUGCUCCCCACCCGCAAACCCUC